AUGAGGAAAGCCCUGUCCGAGAUAGAAGUGAUCGAUGUUUUCAAGGUGAAAAUCGACGACGGCACUUUCUUCGGGGGCCAGGACCUUGUGGAGUGGCUUUGCUCCAGGUUGAAGCAAGAGCUGGCUUUUUCAGCCGAGGUCCGCAAGGAGCUACAAGGGGAGCGUCUCGCCUCCAGCCGGGAGUUCGACAGGUUGUCCGAGAACGAGAAAAGGCUGAAGAACGAGUUGAGAGAUAAGCAGUCAGAACUCGAGACGGCGGAGCGGCGCCUGUUGGACACUACGGAGGCGCUUCACUCUCAGAAGCAGCUGCGCAUGAAGGAGAUGCUCGUAACCCAGGGAGCGGCGAAGGAAAUCAACAGCCUACAGUCCGAGGUUUCGAGACUCACGAAUCGAAUCAACCUGCAGGCGGACGUCACCGCGGCUGUGGAGAAAGAAUGCGAAGCGCUUCGAUCCACGGUGCGGACCGGACGGGAAGUGCGCGAUGUCGAGGACGUAAACUUCCGCAAGACUCUGGCGGAGACGAUCAAGCGGGAGGAGGGCAUGGUGCGGCUCAAGAGGCGACUUCACGCGGCCGAGGCGGAGAGGAGAGAAUCGGAAGCUCGGGUGUCUCGCUUGCAACGCGAGAUGGACCGCAUGCGCGCCGCUUUGUGGGCUCACGGAAUAAACCCUGCCUCCGCUGCCGCGAUCCCUGGGAACAACAAACACGUGGUGAGCAGCAGCAACGCUGCAGCCGCAGCGAACGCCACUCGGAUUGCCCAGAAAGGAGCGCAUUGGCGGCGCCCGGAUGGUCCAGCAAGGCGUCGAGAUCAAAAGAAUAAGUUGGCUCCUCUUGCGCAUCUUGGCAGCAGCAGCAGUCGCGCCGGCCUUGGAAAUGAUUGGGGCGGGAGUACCUCAUCUGCGUCUUCAGCAGCAAUAGGUUUUCGCCGUCGUUUCGAGGAUAACGCCGACGCCCAAGCUCUACGCGGAUGGAAACAUACGUGA